AUGGCAAGAACAACCACUUUCCAACUAGAAGCUCGAGACAUUGACCUCCAGGCUCAAUCCAGCACGUUUGUGCCCACAGACAUUUUGUUUGUCUUGAUGGGUUCCUUUGGUGUGUUUUUGAUUACUCCGGCCAUCGGAUUGUUCUACGGUGGUACCAUCAAGCGCAAAAACAUUGUGCAGUUGCUUUUCCAGACCUACAUGACCACCAACUGUAUAGUCAUCAUAUGGUACUUGUUUGGAUACUCUUUGGGAAACUCUCCCAGCUCAGGCUCCAAGUUGAUUGGUGACUUCAAGCACGCCGCACUCUACAACGAAGAAGCCAAGCCUUUGAUCGAAGGUGGAACCAUUCCUUCGGCCAUCAACUUCUGCUUCAAUGUGUUUUUCCCCGUGGCUACCGUGCAAAUUUUCUUGGGUAGUAUUGGUGAAAGAGGCCGUUUCCUUCCAUCGAUUGUCGUUGGUUGUAUUUGGGUCGUUGUGUGCUACUGUCCCUUCGCCUUUUGGGUUUGGGGUGCCAAUGGCUGGUUGCUCAACUUGGGAGCCUUGGAUUUCGCUGGCGGAGGCCCGGUUCAUAUUGCAUCUGGUGUUGCAUCACUUAUUUAUUCCUGGUAUCUUGGCCCCAGAGGCCAGCCUGGCAAGAGGACUGGCAAAAUCACCCACUACAGAGGCCACUCGUCCGUAUCCACCUUCAUCGGUGUCACGCUUAUUUGGGCUGCUUGGUUCAUGUUCAACACCGGCACCUUAUUGUCCAUCAAUGUGAGAACCUGUUACAUUAUGCUCAACACCAUCCUUGCCUCGGCGUUUGCUUCGUUCACCUAUGCGGCGAUGGACAGAUUGAUCACAGGAAAAUAUUCCGUUCAAGCUGCCUGUGAAGGCGUCGUUGUAGGUUUGGUCAAUAUCACUCCUUCUUGUGGAUACUACUGGCCUUGGGCAGCUGCCGUCACCUCUAUAAUCAAUGCUAUCAUCUGCCGGGCUGUUGGCCUGUUCAAUGACUGGACCGGAGUCGACGACUACAGUCUUUCAUUUGUUGUUCACGGCGUGGGUGGCAUUGUUGCUGACACUUUGACUGGUAUUUUUGCAUCCAAGACUGUGGCUGCUCUCGAUGGAGUCACCGAAAUCAAAGGUGGUUGGAUCAAUGGACAUUAUAAGCAGCUUGGAUACCAAAUUGCCGCAUGGACGUCCAUUGUCGCAUGGACUACCGUCUUCACCUUGAUUAUUUUGUUCAUUGUGGACAACAUUCCCGGUUUGAAAUUAAGGGCAAGUGCCGAGGCUGAAGAAAUGGGUAUGGACUUGUAUGAGAUGGCUGAGACUCUUGAUGAGUUCGGAAACGACUAUGAAGCGUUUUUCGCCGCUUACCAUGCUCAUCGUAGAGGCGUGGUGAACGAAUAUGAGGGUGGCCUCUUGGCUUCUAAUGAGCAGCAGCAGCGCUCGUCGUCUUUGGGUUCAAGUUCCAUCACAAAUGUGAAUAUUGUGAACAAAGAAAAGGUAUAA